GCACCAGCUGCUGCCUGCCUGUCCCUCCCCAUCCACCACUACCAAACCCUCCAGGACGUGGCUGGAGGCAGCACGCUGACUGAUCGCCUCAAGCAGGCUGUGGGCUCGCAGCAGCAGCAGCUCGCUGCCUCUGACAUCACUCCUGGAGCUCACGUCCCACUCCGAGCUCCCUUCGUUAGUCGGUCUGUCGGUCGAUAGAGGAGGCAGGAGACGCUGCGAAGAGGAUCGGUGAGGAACAGAACGAAACAGAGGGGCUACAUCAUGAAAUUCUCCCCUGCUUAUUACUUGCUGCUGCUUUUUCCUGCACUGGUCUUCAGUGCUAGACAGGGUUAUGAAGAACUGGAGAGACAACUGAAAGAAGUCUUUAAGGAAAGAAGCAAUAUUCUUCGUCAGCUGUUAAAAACUUCCAAAGAACUUGAGGGAAUUAAGGUAAAUCUCCAGUCUUUGAAAAACGAUGAAGCAUCAGCCAGAAGUGAUGUGCAGAAACUUCUGGAACUGGGCCAAAAGCAAAGGGAAGAAAUGAAAUCUCUCCAGGAAGCCUUUCAAAAGCAGCUUAAUGAGGCAGCUGAGAAAGCAGAAAAGCAGCAGGCUACUAUUAACUUUUUGAAGACUGAAAUGGAAAGAAAGAGCAAAAUGAUCCGUGCCCUCCAAAACGAGAACAAAAGCCUCAAAAACAAGCUCCUGUCAGGAAACAAGCUUUGUGGUAUUCACACAGAAGAGUCAAAAAAGAUCCAAGCCCAGCUGAAAGAACUUCGUUAUGGGAAAAAAGAUUUGAUUUUUAAGGCACAACAGCUAACAGAUCUAGAGCAGAAACUAGCAGUAGCAAAAGACGAAUUGGAAAAGGCCGCCCUUGAUGAAGAGUCACAGCUGAAAGCUCUGAAGGAGACUGUGAAGCUUUGCCUGUCCUUCGUUCUGCAUAAUCAGCCUCCUGCCAACCAUCGAGUCCCUACAAAACCAGUAGAGAAGCUGACAUCUGUGGCUACAAAGGGCUCAAAAGUUCAAUUUCCAGUGACAAGCACCAAGCAAAAUACCUCAGUGGAGAAAGAGAGUCUUCACAUGACCUCAAGAAAGGAAGAAAAUCAGAGCAUCCAGGAGUGCGAUUCUCAAGAUGUUGGCAAGACGUGUUUGGGGAAUCGCAAUAAUUCAGCAUCUCAAUUGAAGACAGCAGAAACAGAGACAAGCUUUCAGAUGUUGCGCAACCCUCUGUGGAUUAAACCUGAAGAGGAAAAAUUACCUGAAAGAAGUGAGAAAAAGUCUGAAGAUUCUGUUAGCGCAAAAGAAAAGAAACUCUAAUUACUACUAAUACUCUAAAUACUACUUUGAAAAUGUUCAUCACUUGCUACCAUCUUCGUAUUCUUUUGAGACCAGAGGCAUGAAUAGUACCAGUUUUCUAAAGCAUGCAUUUCCACCAUUUUAUGAAUGUUUGUAAACUAGUCCAGAAUAGACCAAUCAAUACCUUUCAGCAAUAAUCCAAAAUGGAUGUUUGGAAAAAUGCUUUGUAAUAUAGUCCAGUUUUUCAACUGCUAUUCUACCUGACUAGUAAUUGCAGACAGUAUAUUAGUUUAUUUCUUUAAAAAAACAAAACAAAAAAGAAAAAAAAAAACUAAUUCUUGGGUAUUCUCUCAGCCUGAUCUAUUUCAUGAAACUUUGUUGCAGCUAAAGUUUUAAAUCAAGAUUAAAGGGUGGUGAAUGUUGAAAAAAAAAAAGACAAAUCUGUGUAAACCUAGUUGAAGUGCAAUGUAAUUCUUAAGAUCAAAUGUGAUAAUGGGACAGUAAUGCUCCAUGUAUACUUAACUUUGAGUGAUACCAUUUCAAAUCUGCUUACUUAUACAAUAAAACACGUUUGGUUGCUAUUUUUUCUAACUUGUUGU